GGCAGUUUUUCCCGCGUGAACCAGCGUGGGGAACAUUCUCGCACCAAAGUUUUAACUCGAAGUUAUGAAGCUUUUCUAAAAUUGUUCUUUCGUUGGUGUGCUGUUUCGAUCGCGUAACAACAAUGGCUUCAAGGACCUGUAUAUUUGUCAUCAUUUGCCAUCUGAUCUACAUGAUAUCGGCCCAAGAGGUCGUCAAACGUGUACCACAAGGCUUUGUAGGCAUGCGCGGCAAAAAGUACACCGACAUAGACUCCGCAGAGGUUGAGCAUUUCUUUAAAAGAAAACCACAGUUCUUCGUAGGAGUGAAAGGGAAGAAAAGCUUUUUGAAUCCUUUAGAACAGGAUGCGUUGAAUUACAAACGAGCUCCAAUGGGUUUUGUCGGUAUGCGAGGCAAGAAGGAAUACUUGACGGAGGACAACAUGUACUAUCCGGACGGCUAUAGUUACUUGCCAAAGCCGGCCGGCUCCCUCAUCGGUCAGAUCGAUUAUUCAACUAACGAUGAAAUAAAACAUUCAGAUACACCUAUGUUGAACGAACUCAUAACUGAAUAUCUGCAGAAGUUGGAGAAUGUGAACUCUGGUGAAUUUGUCAGUAAAUUACCACGAGCGGUAGACGAGACAUCAGACGAGCAUUUUACUAAUGAGAUCGACAAAAGAGCGGCAAAUAUUCACCAGUUCUUUGGCGUCCGUGGAAAAAAAUCUGUACACAACAAGCGACCUUACGACCUGACCUUCCGCGGCAAAUUCAUAGGGGUGCGAGGUAAAAAGGACGCCAAGUACAACGGAAUGCAGGAACUUAAGUUUUUGUUGGACCAGAGCGCCCCGUGGCCUAAAAGGAAGACUCAGAUGGGAUUUUUCGGUAUGCGCGGCAAGAAAUGGACUGAUGAAGCAGCGAGCCCUGAAGCCGACGUCACCAACUAAAAGUCUUUUCCUAUUCAGUCUAUUUCAUUUUAUGAAGGAAUCUACUACAUUUAUUAACAUAUCCUAUAUAAUACAAUGUAUUUUCUUGCCAACUACUUACUUACUUACAUGAAAUUAUUAGGAGAGGCUUAUUCUAGCGUUUAAUUAGGAAUUCUAGUCAAAAUAUUUGAUAUAUUAAAACAUUUAUGAAUUAUAUUUAAAUAUUAGAUUACAUAUUAUAAGAAAAUGCAAGUUUUAUAUAUUUAUUUCAAAUUGAAUAUGGCAAGUUAAAAAGUAUUAUAAAUAUAUUACUAUACGUACUUCUCUGUUUUGUUUUUAUUAUAAACUGUUUUUAUGUUUGUUGGAAAAAAAAUCAUUUUAUUGUUAUCAUUAAAUACCUACAGCAAAAUUAAGUACGAACCAUUUAUUUUUUUGAGACGUAGGUAAUUCCUGUAAUUAGGUACAAUUUCUUUAAAAAACAUUAUUAUCGUAACUGCAUGCUUUCUAAACCUAUAUUUAUAUUAACAUUCGCUAUGGCUAUGUCAUAGUUAUUGUAUAAAACAUGUUCACACUUUAAAUAUAGCUGUUCUAAAUGUUUGAAAUAAUAAUACUUAUGUCUUAAGUACAUUUUGUGAAGGCUGGCAAAAUGUUAACUCUGUAUAAUAAAUGGGAAAGUAUUAAUAAACGCAGAUGCCAUUUUGAUUGUACAAACUCA